UCUCGACAUCUGAAGACCUCCAUCUUAGACGUUCUGUUCAGCGUAAUCUUAAUUGGAGUAUCCAUUUUCCUCGUCUUUUAUCAAACGAGUUUAUGGCGUGUAAUCGAAGGGGUGUCGAUCUGCAGUGUGACCGAGAAGGUCAUAGUCUUUAGCACAAUAAUUCAAUUCGUGCUUUCAGCCUUCGUCUGUCUGUUGAAAAGACAUAGAAUAGUCGAAAUCGCGAACCAGCUGGCUGGCCUCAACGCUGUCAUCAAGCGUUCGUGUGGAUGUGUCUGGCGUCGGAUGUGCGUCACUCUCAUGUCGCAUCUCCUCAUAAGCGUCCUCAGCGUCGCCACAUGUUUUGUGUCAGACAUGUUUUCUCGCUUCCACAGCGCAAUUUCGGUGUCUCUCGUCACGUUCAACGUCCUCACCUUCGCCUGUUUUCUGACCGAAUUUCAAAUCGUUGGUUUCUUCAUGCUUUUAAAGCAACUUAUUUCUGAUCUGAACAGCUCCAUUCGUGGAAUUGGAGAAAUCAAAGGAAAUCAGGACGAGGAAUGUCCCUGUUUCAAGAAGUUGCCACUGAAUAGGACGGCGCCGAUAUUCGUAACCUCUUCAUACGAAAAGUUCCGGAGCAAAGCCGCGCCCGAAGAUUUUCCGGACAAGAAAGUGAUUUUGCUUCGAGACGUCCAGGAUUCGCUGUGUGCAGCCUCGGAGUUGCUGAACUCGGCUUAUUCGUUCUUGCUACUGUACACGUCGGCGAAAACCUUCAUCUGUCUUACCCACAGUCUUUACUUCAUCCUCCUCAGCGUCUUCAUGAGUGACUCCAGCUCCUGUGGUAAGGGAUGGCCGUAUUCGUACUACGUGUGGUUCAUUCACUACGCCCUGAAGCUCGUCUGGCUCGUGUUUUACAGCAGUUCGGCGAUCCAGCAGUCGAACCACACCGCAGUUCUGGUACACAAACUGAUCACCAAGACGAGAGACGCUGGACUCAGAGAAGAGCUUCGCGUCUUCUCGCUUCAGCUGUUACAUCGGAAAGUCAAGUUUACCGCCUGUGGAUUUUUCCCCCUAGAUUUCACACUUCUGUACUCGAUUGUUGGUGCUGUUACGACGUACCUGGUGAUAUUGAUACAAUUCCAAUUAUCGCUGGUUAAAUCUGACCACAGCAAGACAUCCAUAGUUCCACCACACUGGAUGGGGACUACUACGCCCACUGUAUUCGUGACGACAGUGCCGCCAUAGUUUCACGAUUUGAAAUUAUUUAUUUUCAACUGAAUUAGCACAGAGACGUGGACGGAUUGUAGUGAAAUUGUACUCUACCGUCUUAAUAGCCAAACUAACUCCGUGGCGCAGAGCAUUGCUUGCAUAGGUGAGUUACUUAAUCGGCCAAGACAUUUUAUGAUUCGAUGUAAUCUCAAAGUUCACUCUUAUCUUCACUAUAUCCUGAACAAACUGAGUUAUUCUCUUGUCACUCAAUCAUUUGCUGCAAAAUAAAUAUGUAUCUGUUA